AUGCAGUUCAAGGGCUUGAGACAGGGCAUGCCGAUUGCCUUCUGUCUGCUGUCCUUGGCGCUCUGUCAAGGAGGAAACAGCUCCAUGCCCGUCUUCACACCGGAGCUCAACUCCAUGCGCACACUCUCAGUGGGAUUCGUUAUCUUUCCUGGGUUUGAGCUCCUUGACGUUUUCGGCCCUAUGGAAAUUCUCACCGUACUCUCCGCCUUCAACAAGAUGACCCUCUCCGUGAUCGCUGAAGAAAUCAGCCUGGUUCCUGCUGGUAUGCAGCCAUACGGCCCUGAUGACUUCAGCGCGCCACCGACCGACUUUGGACAUGUCAUCGCGCCCCGCGUCGAAGCGACCCACAACUUCAAGAACGCGCCGGCACUCGAUAUUCUCUUCGUACCCGGUGGCCUCGGCGUGGUGACACUGGAGCAGACGAACAACACCAGUGUGGAAGACUUCGUCAAGCUGCGACUUGCGUCGCUCGAGUAUCUGGUCGGCGUGAGCUUUGGCGGCGCGACCCUUGCACGUGCGGGUGUGCUAAAUGGCAAGCGGGCGACGACCAACAAGUCUGGAUGGACAUGGAUUACGGAGCGCGGACCGAACGUGACGUGGGUGCCACAGGCGCGCUGGGUGGAGGAUGGCAAUAUCUGGACCACAUCAGGAACGGCGUCUAGUCUCGAUGCUACAUACGCUCUAUUUAGCAGAUUCUACGGCGCGCAGCCGCUGAACUAUAUGCUGAAUGUGAUUGAGUAUGCGCCGCAUCUGGACCCUACGUGGGACCCGUAUGCGGCGAACUUCAAUGUGUCCGGAUCGGAUAAUUCGACAUGGCAGGGUUGCGUCAGUCCCGUGCCGAUGCCUGUGGGAUAA